UUGCUGUGGCGGGUAGGGCAGUGGAAAACAAGAGGCAAUCAAGUGCGUUAGGAACGACCCAUUUGGCUGCGGGGAACGAAGAAGGCGAUCCGAGCGCUUUUGCCAACUCGUGUGCGUCGUUUAACGGCUGCGGCUUCUUUCCUCCACGCAGUACUAGGCAAGAGGACCGCGUGCAUACACGUGUAUUUCUUUCACAGACUGUUGCCGCCGCCAUGGGCAAAGGCGACCCCAACAAGCCUCGGGGCAAAAUGUCCUCGUACGCCUAUUUCGUGCAAACGUGCCGCGAGGAACACAAGAAAAAACACCCGGAUUCCUCAGUCAAUUUUUCUGAGUUCUCCAAGAAAUGUUCCGAGAGAUGGCGGACAAUGUCUGCAAAAGAAAAGUCAAAGUUUGAAGAUAUGGCAAAGGGUGACAAAGCUCGUUAUGAAAGAGAGAUGAAAAACUAUGUUCCUCCUAAAGGGGAGAAGAAGAAGAAGAAGGAUCCCAAUGCUCCAAAGCGACCACCGUCUGCAUUCUUCCUGUUUUGUUCCGAACAUCGCCCAAAGAUCAAAAGUGAACACCCUGGUUUAUCUAUUGGGGAUACAGCAAAAAAACUAGGUGAAAUGUGGUCUGAGCAAUCGGCAAAAGACAAACAACCCUUUGAGCAGAAGGCAGCAAAGUUAAAGGAGAAAUACGAAAAAGAUGUAGCAGCUUACCGUGCCAAGGGCAAGAGUGAUGCAGGAAAGAAGGGUCCAGGUAGGCCAGCAGGCUCAAAGAAGAAGGCAGAACCUGAAGAAGAGGAUGAGGAAGAAGAGGAGGAAGAAGAGGAGGAGGAGGAGGAAGAAGAGGAGGAGGAAGAUGAAGAGUAAAUCUAAAGCUUGCUGUAAAGAUUUGUGCUCAAAAGUCCAUGAUUUUGCUAAGAAUGUGAAGUUGAGUGCAGCUCGUUGUUAGCUUCAGUAUAAAAACUGUACAGAAUUGUGUAUAGGUAAUGUGAUUAUCUGUAGGAAGACCUAUAUUCUAAUGUAAGUAGUAGCUAAAGGCCACUACUGUUAGAUUUUGAAAACCGAUACUGUCAAAUUUUCUGGCAUAUUUAAUGGUUCUCUGAAAUUCAGUGACUGCUUGAUUUUGAGCAAAGUAAAACUUAGCUAGCAAAAAUAGUCAACCUUGUUUUGCAUACUUUUGCAUUGUAUUACUUUUUUAACAAUUUUGUAAUAAAAUGAUGUACAUUA